UAAAAAAUAUUUAUUUUAAUUUUAAAUAAAACGACUUUUUAAUUUUACUAAGAGUCGAAUCACAUAUUAAUUAUUUUAUUUUUCUGGUAAAUAUGAACUAUAAUUUAUAUUCCUCAUAAAUUUAAUUAUCAGUGCAAAGAAAAAUUUAAUGAAAUUUUUUUUACUAUUAAAUUUUUAUAAAAAAAUUUCCAUAAUUUUUAAAUUUGCGCUCUACUUUUUUUUAAGUUUUUAGUUUAAUGUUAAGUUAAGAUUAAUGGGAAUAGAAAAAAAAUUCAGAAUAUAGAGCAGCCCCUAUAUAUAGGGGUGAAACUUGUUGCGAAACGUCAGACGUUAUCCGUCGUCCGAGUUGUGAGGUCUAGUCAAUAGCAAAAAUCAUAACAAAUAUAAAUAAAAUUAUUUAAUUUUAAUUCUAAAAACAAAAAUGUAUAAAAAAAAAUACAAAGUAACAAAACUAGUGAUACAAUUUAUUUACAUAAUUAUUUUCUUCAGCAAAAGUAAUUAUUUAUCAAAAAUAUCAGCUAAAGAAUUAUUUGUACGGACUUACAAUGUUGGAGUGCUGAUGGCAUCCCAUUUAGACAGUCCAUUUGACCUAGAGCGUUGUGGACCUGCUGUUGAUUUAGCACUCGCUGAAGUUAAUGAAUUUUUAAUUAUACAUAAUGUUCAAUUACAGAAAGUGCAAGCUAGUUACCCAUCGUGUAGUGGUGCGAGAGCACCGGGAUUAGCAGCGGACAUGCAUUUUCGCGAUAACGUUAUUGCGUUUAUCGGUCCAGCGUGUGCUUUUGCACUGGAACCUGUUGCGAGACUCGCAGCCUACUGGAACACCCCGAUCAUUACUGGAAUGGGUGAUCAGCCGCCAUCAGAAGGCGAACUCUCAGUAACAUCCGGUAUCCUUGGUAGACUUCACAAAUGGAAAAAUGAGAGUUCAGGAAUUUUUAAAGAUAAAAGUAAAUAUCCGACACUAACACGAAUGUCUUAUUGUCAAUGCCGAUUACGUCUAGUAUUUUCGAGUAUUUUCAAAGAAUUUGGAUGGUCGCACGUUGCAUUGAUACUCGACAAAUCCGAUUUAUUUUCAUUGACAGUAGGAAAAAAUUUAGAGUACGGAUUACGUAAAGACGGUUUGCUUAAAUUUGUACGAGAACUCGACGGCAAUUCGCAUGAUGAUUCCUAUCAUUUGUAUUUACGUGACGCCAGUAUGUACGCAAGAGUCGUGAUACUGAGCGUAAGAGGAACACUCGUCAGAAGAUUUAUGCUAGCAGCCCAUGCACUAGGAAUGACCCGCGGUGACUGGACAUUUCUGGACGUUGAAAUAAUUCAAGGCUCGUAUUGGGGUGAUCAUGACUGGGAAAUAGGCGACGUAGAAGACGGAGCAGCACGAAAAGCUUACGAAGCUCUCCUACGAGUUUCAUUACUCCAACCAACUUCUCCGCGUUUUCAAGAUUUUGCAGAAGACGUUCGUAUUCGCGCGCAAACUGACUAUAACUACACAUUCUCUGACGGUGAGGAAGUUAAUUUUUUUAUUGGAGCUUUCUACGACGGGGUUUAUUUACUCGGUAUGGCUUUGAAUGAAACGUUGACCGAAGGAGGAAAUAUUAAAGACGGACUCGCUAUGACUAAAAGAAUGUGGGGACGUGAUUUUGUGGGAAUUACUGGGCAUGUACGUAUUGAUGUUGACGGUGAUCGGGAUGCUGAUUAUAGUAUUCUUGAUCUCGACCCUAUUACUGGAAGAUUUGAAGUAGUGGCGCAUUACUUGGGACUAAAUCGAGAAUACAAUCAAGUGUCGGGUAAAAAAAUUCACUGGCCAGGUGGCCGUGAAGGACCACCGGCAGAUAUUCCUGAAUGUGGAUUUCUAGGUGACGAUCCAGGCUGCUCACGUAAAACGGACGCGUAUACUCUGAUACUGUACUCGAGUUUCGCUCUUGGUAUUUUUUUACUCGCUGUUAGUACCGCAGCAUGUUUGCUCUAUCGACAUCUACGUCUCUCCGCUGAUUUGAAUAAUAUGUCGUGGAGAAUCAGACCAGAAGAAUUGCUAUUGGAAGUCAGUAAAACUUUUUCUUCGAAGAUAAAUUUACAUCAAGCUAUGGCUGAUGCUAAUAAUUUUGGAUUAGAACAAAAAAGACGGGGCUCGCAAUUAAGUGGUGAUUCAUUAGCAGCAACACCGGUAUUUACGAGUGUAGGUAUUUAUAAAGGAGAGCGUGUUGCUAUUAAGAAAGUAACUAAAAAAAAAGUUGUUGAUGUUACGAAAAAAUUACUAUGGGAAAUUAAACAAGUACGUGAUGUUACAUCGGAAAAUACUGUUAGAUUUAUUGGAGCAUGUCUGUGUUCACCAUCACCAACAGUAUUAAUAUUAACAGAAUACUGUCCAAAAGGAUCACUCAAAGACGUCCUUAAUAAUGAAGCAAUAAAACUUGACUGGAAUUUCCGAAUGUCAUUAAUCCAUGACAUCGUUAAAGGAAUGGAUUAUUUACACGCAAGUGAAGUGAAUGCGCACGGUAAACUACGGUCAUGCAAUUGUUUAAUUGACGGACGUUUCGUAUUAAAGAUAUCCGACUUUGGUCUCAAGACUUUGACAACUCCUGCGGAAUUGGUUAUCGAUGAAAAUUAUUACUCGAAAUUAUUGUGGAUCGCACCCGAGUUGUUACCGCAAACAGUUUUACCAGGUAGCGCAGCGACACAAAAAGGUGACGUUUAUAGUUUUGCUAUUAUUUUAGAAGAAAUAAUACUACGUGGUGGUCCUUAUGAAGUAGCCAAGACUUUUAUGACAUCACAAGAAAUUGUAAAUCGCGUAUCAUCAGGAGAGAAUCCAUGUUUCCGUCCAGAAGUUCAUCCAAAAGAUUGCCCUCCAGAUAUUUUCUGUCUUAUGGAAAGAUGUUGGAGUGAAAUUAGUGAUGACCGUCCAUCGUUUCAAACAAUCCGCGGAAUAAUUCGCGGCAUAAUGAAAGGAUACUGUGAAAAUCUAAUGGAUGAUUUAUUACGUCGUAUGGAACAAUAUGCUAACAAUUUAGAAGCAUUAGUCGAAGAAAAAACUGAGCAACUGACGUUAGAAAAACGUCGAAGUGAAGAAUUAUUGUAUCAAGUAUUGCCAAGACAAGUGGCAGGACAACUGAUGGCUGGAGAACUGGUACAGCCAGAACAGUUUGAAUCCGUGACAAUUUACUUCAGUGAUAUCGUUGGUUUCACGGCGCUGUGUGCUCAGAGCACUGCGAUGCAAGUUGUAGAUUUUCUUAACGAUCUCUACAGCACAUUUGAUCGCAUAAUAGGUUUCUACGACGUCUACAAAGUCGAGACAAUCGGCGACGCUUAUAUGGUUGUCUCAGGACUACCCCAACGAAAUGGAGACGAGCAUGCCAAGGAAAUCGGUCUUAUGGCUCUGGCUAUUCUUGACGCCGUGAAAUCAUUCAAGAUCGGCCACAGACAGGACUCGCAAUUAAGUGUGAGAAUUGGCGCGCACAGUGGUCCUGUUUGUGCAGGUGUCGUUGGACAAAAGAUGCCGCACUAUUGUUUGUUUGGUGAUACUGUCAAUACAGCAUCACGUAUGGAGUCAACUGGCUUACCGUUAAAAAUCCACGUGUCAGAAACAACUAAAAAUAUUUUAGAUAAAUUUGGGACAUUUGAAUUAGAAUUACGCGGCGAAGUUGAAUUAAAAGGCAAAGGUACUGUGACGUCAUACUGGUUAGAUGGAUGCACAACACCAGAUCCACGUUUAUCGUCACCAAAAUUACGAAAAUACAGCACUAGUCCGCCAGAUAGUGGACAAUGUACAACAUUAAAUCCUCUUAUAUUCCCGCAGAAUAUUAUAAAUGCUAAAAAUUCUAAUAAUACAUUUAUUAAUUUGUCUGAACUCUAAAAAAAUAUUUAUUAGCAAACAAUAUUUUUUUUCUUAAAGGCAAACGCCAUCAGACAUCUUUCUCGCAAAGUAAAUGAAAAUUUUAAAAUAAUUUUUU